CACUUUAAGGACGCGUUUUGCUGUGGGGACCAGAAUUAUUGGGAAAUAAAUUAAAUGUUUUGGUGGACGGAGGCCCAGCACUUAGAGAGAAAGAAUGUCUCAUUAUGCGGACGAGCCUCGCUUCACCAUCGAGCAGAUCGAUUUGCUGCAGCGGCUGCGCAGGAGCGGAAUGACCAAGCAGGAGAUCCUGCAUGCGCUGGACACUCUGGACCGGCUAGAGCGUGAGCACAUGCAGAAGUUUGGCCCACGCCACUCCUGUGGAGGAGAAGCGCAAGGAGGAGCCAGCAACAGCCACGUCGGCUCCAACUCCACCCCCCCGUCCAGCAACGCCGCAACCUCGUCCUCAUCCGCCUCCGUCGCUACACAAACCGUUUUCCACAGCAACACUCUGUCUCCAUCUCCUAACAGCUAUGAUACCUCACCGCCCCCUACCGUUGUCACACUGCCCAUGUCAAUGCCAGUGGUGGCACCACCAGUGCAGAAUGGCAGAGACAUCUUGCCACCUGUAAGCAACGGGAAACUUUCCCCACCGCACUACACCAUACCUGCUCGUUCCUUCAUCUUGGAGCCCACUGAGGAGGAGGUGGAUGUCGAAGACAAGGUGGAGGAGAUGAUGAGAAAGGAUAGCAAUAUAAUUAAAGAGGAGAUCAAAGCCUUCCUCGGGAGCCGGCGAAUUUCACAGGCUGUCGUUGCUCAAGUCACAGGUAUCAGUCAGAGUCGGAUCUCACACUGGCUCCUGCAGCAGGGUUCAGACUUGAGCGAGCAGAAGAAGAGAGCUUUCUAUCGGUGGUACCAGCUGGAGAAGACUACUCCUGGUGCUACUUUGGCAAUGAGGCCACCCCCCAUGGUUCUGGAGGACAUUGUAGAAUGGCAUCCCAGUGCUCCCCCAAUCAACUGUAGCCCUGGAAGUUUCCGUCUGCGAAGAGGGAGCCGCUUCACCUGGAGGAAAGAGUGUCUCGCAGUCAUGGAGAGCUAUUUUAAUGAGAACCAGUACCCUGAUGAGGCGAAGCGGGAGGAAAUUGCCAACGCCUGCAACGCUGUAAUACAAAAGCCAGGAAAGAAGCUUUCUGAUCUGGAGCGGGUCACGUCUCUAAAAGUCUAUAACUGGUUUGCUAAUCGGCGGAAAGAGAUCAAGAGAAGAGCAAACAUAGAAGCAGCAAUCCUGGAGAGUCAUGGGAUAGACGUGCAGAGCCCAGGCGGUCACUCCAACAGCGACGAGAUCGACGGUAAUGACUACAGUGAGCCGGGUGCUGAGCAGGGCUUAGGAACAGAUGAGAGCAUGGUAGCGAGCGAGCACCAGGACCCCAUCAGUCUGGCGGUGGAGAUGGCAGCUGUCAAUCACAGCAUCCUGGCAUUGGCACACCAGGGACGAGGCAGAAACAGCGUCAAGGUUGAGGUGCUGGACGAUGACUGAGGAUACCUCACUCACUCACACACUCUUAAACAUACUCACACACUGUAUCUGCCAAAGGGUGAGAUGGACCUGGGGUAAGGAGGGGAAAGGGUAGGAAAUGAUGUGACUUUAGGACCUGCCCUGAAUUAUAAUGCUGUUAAACACGCCUGUAUAGACGUCUCCUUCAUUACUCGAACACAUAUAGUGUAGGAAAUCAUGUCAAGGCCCUGAUGUUUUAUUAUUUAAAUUUUACAUAGGUUCUAUGUAACCUCCUCUCCAAAUCUGGUCAUUUCCAAUUCCCGAUUGUGACUCCGCUGGCGCUUACACUACCUCCGUUCUGCACUGUAGCGCUGUAGACCAUCACCUGCCCCCAUGACAUGCCGCCAGCCACCUUUUAUCACCUGCCAGUACAUUAUACGGCUCUGUGUGGAAACCUGAGAACUACGCUAUACUCAAUGUAAAUAUCCGCCCCCAUUCCCAGUAGAACAAGGUGCUUGGAGGAGGCCGUCAACCAUCCUGAUUACCUGACCUCACAAACGGCUUGUGCUUGCACUGUAUGACUGAUAUGGAAGACAGAAUUUCUAUCCCUCUUAGACAGAAAGCAUGGCCAAUCAGCUUGUACCUGCUGAAUGAUGGGUCAGAUGCUAUCCUUAACUGGGAAAGGUGUGUUUUUAAUUUUUAUCAAUUUCUUUAAUUUUUAUACCCAGCUUUUCUCCCAAUCUAGUGUUAUCCAAUUACCCCCAUCAUAUUUCACCUCUACUGCUACAGACCUUAGCUCCUAAUGAAGGAGGGCCAUAACUAACACGUGUGCUGUAGCUGAUCAUUUCUUUAUACUUGCGCCAGGCGGGUUUAUUUGGAGAUUUGUAUUGCACACAGAAAGUCACACACCAAUCCCCAUCAUCCCCAAGCUAGCUAAACCUAUUUACUAUAAAAAGUUGUUGCCCCCUUAUUUUUUCUAUGUUUGCAUACAUCACACCUAAUGUGUAAGAUCUUUAUUUUGAAUUAUUUUAGUUAAAAUCAGUUAAAAAAUGUAUCCUACGCCAACUAACCCUGUCUUAAAAAAAGUAAAAAAAAAAAAAAACCCUAGUUAUUUUAUUACCCAGAUUUUAUUGAAAAUUGGUCUUAACUGGACUUGUUUAGAUUUUACAGAGCUGACAAAAAUCAUCACUUUAAUGCAGGAUAGAAUAUGAAAGUUGUUAUAUUAGCCUAAAUCAUUUUAAAAAGCCAAUUCUCAGCCUCUGGGACUUUAGUGAUCUUCAAACCUUCCAGAAACUUGAAACAUGUGGCAGGUUUAACAAAAUUCCUGUAACAGCACAUCAGCUUAUUAUAGAAUCACAAAACAACCCAGACCAAAAAAAUAAAAGAAAAACUGAUUCUGUGGUUGGUGUGUCAAAACUGACUGAUCUCUCAGUUUUGCUCUCUACUAUUUUUACACACAGGGCAAGUUGGUGUUGGAUAAUAAUAAGUAAAAACAGUAUUUUGUGUGUACUCAGAUUGUUUUAUAAAUUCAUUUUAAGUGUGAGAUUUGCAAAGACAGAAAACGAGCAGGACGGGGGGCUUACUAAAAUACUUUAAUGACUGUA